UACAAUCAUAUGGAUGGACUUUAAAUAGCAAUACCGAUCUAUAGGUUUAUCCUAAUGAUUUAUGUUUGCUAAAAUCUGUAACAGCGCGUAUGUAUAAUCGUUCGGCCCUGCCUUAAAGCAUCUUCAUCUACUGAAGGGAAAAAAAAGAUGCCGCUGUACGUUAAAACUUUUCAGUGCUAACGAGAGAAAGAGAGAGAAUUGACGCGAUGGGUGAGGACGAUAAAACAAAGUGAAGAACUGUUCAUACGGUCCUACAUCAUCAAGGAGGAUCAGCAUGAUUACAUAGAUACCGUCUUUUAUCUGUUCAAGGAAAAGAAAGAAAAGUUUUGGGCGAAGUAUGGCGCGAGAGACUGGAGAGUCUGGAGACACGAAAAGUACCAAAGUGAAAAAGCAUAAAAGAAGGAAAAGCAAAAAGGAGAACAAAACAAGGACUGUACACGCCAACAUUUUGUAUGACCAUACCAAAGGAGGGGAUAACCCUAAUAGACACUAUGCAAACAAUAAGAUCAAAACCACAAAAUACACUCUGCUUUCUUUCCUACCGAAGAACCUCUUCGAGCAAUUCCACCGGUUUGCCAACGUGUAUUUUGUUUUCAUAGCCUUACUGAAUUUUGUGCCAGUGGUCAAUGCUUUUCAACCAGAGUUGGCUCUUGCCCCUGUGGUUUUUAUUUUGUCCGUUACCGCUAUCAAGGAUUUAUGGGAGGAUUACAGACGACACCGCUCAGAUAAAGAAAUAAAUCAUAUGGAUUGUCUCGUUUACAGCAGAAGUGAGAAACUGUAUGUGGAGAAAUACUGGAAGGAGGUACGGGUCGGAGACUUCAUUCGUCUGCGCUGCAAUGAGAUUCUGCCGGCGGACGUUCUGCUGCUCAGCAGCAGCGACCCGGACCGCCUGUGUCACAUCGAGACGGCCACACUGGACGGUGAAACCAACCUGAAACAGAGGCAGGUGGUGCGCAGCUUUAUCGACCUGGACUGUGAGUUUGACCCAUUAAAGUACAACAGCAUUAUUGAAUGUGAGAAGCCCAACAAUGACCUCAACAGAUUUCGUGGAUACAUAAUCCAUCGCAGUGGGAAGAGAGACGGCCUAUACAAAGACAAUCUGCUGCUUAGGGGCUGUACCAUCCGCAACACAGAGGAGGCUGUAGGAAUUGUCAUCUAUGCAGGUCAUGAGACAAAAGCAAUGCUGAACAACAACGGCCCUCGUUAUAAACGCAGCAAACUUGAGCGGCAGAUGAAUGUAGACGUAUUCUGGUGUGUCAUUAUCCUCCUAGUCAUGUGCCUCUUUUCUGCCAUUGGACAUGGCCUGUGGAUGUUUCAGUACGGAGAUAAGAGACCCGUCUUUGACGUCCUGAGCCCAGAAGGAACAGACUUAUCUCCAGUGGUUUCAGCCAUUUAUCUUUUCCUGACCAUGAUUAUAGUAUUCCAGGUGCUGAUCCCAAUCUCACUCUUUGUUUCCAUUGAAAUAGUGAAGAUAUGCCAGGUGUACUUUAUCCAUCAGGACAUGGAGCUGUAUGAUGAGGAAACAGACUCUCACCUCCAGUGCAGGGCUCUAAACAUCACAGAAGACCUUGGACAGAUGCAGUACAUUUUUUCUGAUAAGACUGGCACACUCACAGAAAACAAGAUGGUGUUUCGCCGUUGUACUGUAGCAGGAGUCGAGUACUCGCAUGAUGCCAAUGCGAGGAGGCUUGCUAUGUACCAGGAGGUGGAUUCAGAGGAGGAGGAUUGUACAUCUCAUGGUGGAACUCUCCCACGGCGGGACAGCGUCACAAGUCACCAGAGCGGAAAAGUGGUGUUGCGAUCACAGAGCACCAAAUCUCACCGUCGCACCGGGAGCAGAGCCGAAGCCAAACGGGCCAGCAUUCUGUCCAAACACACUGCCUUCAGUAGUCCUAUGGAGAAGGACAUCACUCCAGAUCCACAGCUCAUGGAUAAGGUCAAUGAGUGUAGCAGUCAAAUGGAGUUCAUGCGAUUUCACAGUCAGCCCCUGAACCAGAUCCCCCCUGACCUGUGUGACAUCUUUGACUUUUUCAUCGCCCUCAAUUGCAACACUGUUGUGGUGUCCUCACCCAAUCAACCCCGACAGAAGGUACGUCGCUACGAGUUGAAGUCUCCAGUGAAGACCAUCGAGGACUUCAUCAAGCGCUUCACUCCGAGCCGCCUGACCUCUGGCUCCAACAGCAGCAGCUCCUCCAGCCUGACCACCAACCGCUCAUCCUCCCAUAAAUUGGGCUGCAGCAUGCUGUCCUCCCCCUCGGCCGAGAACACACUCACCAAGCUGAAUGAGGAGAAGCGUCCGGAGCGUGACCUGCAGCAUGCCUUCAGCCCCGUCCCACCCAACUUUGAUAAAACAAAAGCUUUGGCUCAAGAUGAAUGCGAGCUCAGAUAUGAGGCAGAGUCACCAGACGAGGCGGCGCUGGUUUAUGCAGCCAGGGCUUAUAAGUGUGCUCUUGUUGGACGUUUACCGGAUCAAGUGACCGUGGAACUUCCACACCUGGGCAAGCUAAGCUUUGAGCUUCUGCACACACUGGGGUUUGACUCCACAAGAAAAAGGAUGUCAGUGGUGGUAAAACACCCGUUGACUGAGCAAAUCACUGUCUACACCAAGGGUGCUGAUUCGGUCAUCAUGGAUUUGAUCAGACCAGCCACAGAUGAUUGCAAAGGAAAGCGACAAAGGAAAAUCUUGUAUAAAACUCAAAACUACUUAAAUCUUUAUGCUGCAGAUGGCCUCAGAACACUCUGUAUUGCCAAAAAGGUGCUCAGUAAGGAGGAGUAUGCCAGUUGGCUACAGCGCCACCUGGAGGCCGAGACAGCCAUACAGAAGAGGGAGGAGCUGCUAUUUGAGUCUGCUUUACGACUAGAGACCAACCUCCAACUUCUAGGAGCAACAGGUAUUGAGGACAGACUUCAGGAUGGGGUCCCCGAGACUAUUGCCUCUCUGAGGAAAGCGGGCCUUCAGAUCUGGGUGCUGACAGGGGAUAAACAAGAGACUGCCAUCAACAUUGCCUAUGCCUGCAAACUGCUGGACCCUGAGGAGGAGAUAAUCACUCUUAAUGCUGACUCACAGGAGACCUGUGCUGUAUUGCUGGAGAACAGUCUGCGCUACAUCCAGGCCAAGUUCCUUUGCAACGCUCGACCAGAUCCUCAAGCAGCUAGAGACUAUGCUGGCAUCCACUUCUCUUCUCCGGUGUGUUCCCCAGCCUCCUCUGGCCACUCCAGCCCCUUCCUGGUGCACCGGCUAGGGCUGGUGAUCGACGGACGAACCUUGGCCUACGCACUGGACAAGAGUUUGGAGGACAAGUUCCUGGCAGUGGCUCGAAGUUGCAGGUCCGUUCUAUGCUGUCGCUCGACACCCCUGCAGAAGAGCAUGGUGGUCAAGUUAGUGCGCAACAAGCUCAAGGUCAUGACAUUGGCAAUAGGUGACGGAGCUAAUGAUGUUAGUAUGAUCCAAGUGGCUGAUGUAGGGGUGGGAAUCUCUGGACAGGAGGGCAUGCAGGCGGUAAUGGCCAGUGACUUUGCCCUGCCACGGUUUCGAUACCUGCAGAAGCUGCUCUUGGUUCACGGCCAUUGGUGUUACUCUCGUCUUGCCAACAUGAUCCUCUACUUCUUCUACAAAAACGCUAUGUUUGUUGCCCUCAUCUUCUGGUAUCAGUUCUACUGUGGGUUCUCCGGGUCAGCAAUGGUUGAUCAGUGGUAUCUGAUCUUCUUCAACCUGAUGUUCUCCGCCUUCCCUCAGCUCAUCACUGGCACCCUUGACAAAGAUGUGUCAGCAGAAACCCUGCAGGAGUUGCCGCAGCUCUACAUGAAUGGACAAAACUCAGAGGAAUAUAAACCCUACAUGUUCUGGAUGAACAUGAUUGAUGCCUUUUACCAAAGCCUCAUCUGUUUCUUCAUCCCCUAUUUUGCUUACGUUGACUCUGAUGUGGAUUUGUUUACGUGGGGAACUCCCAUCACUGCCUUGGCACUCUUUACCAUUUUGAUGCACUUGGGCAUCGAAACCAAAACCUGGACAUGGAUGAACUGGGUAUCGAUUGGCUUCAGUAUAGCUCUCUUCUUUACCGUGGCGCUGUGCUACAACGCCUCCUGCCCUACCUGUUUCUCUCCCUCCAACACUUACUGGACCAUGCAGAAGCUGCUGGGAGAUCCUACAUUCUACCUGCUGUGUGUUGUCACACCUGUUGCCGCUCUUCUUCCCAGAUACUGUUAUAGAGCUUGUCAGGGAACUCUAUUCCCAAACCCUGUCCACGUGGGAAGACAACUGGACAAACUGCCAGUGGACAUGCGCAGGAUCUUCAUGAGUCAGAGCCAGAUGAAGCUGGGAUCACUCGGGUCACUGUUUGCCCCCCGCGCCCCGUUUUUCCCUCUCUGCAGGCCUUUCCAGAAAGAUUACAGGCCCAGGGGAAAGCAAGCCCACAUGAGUGGCACCAAACAGAAGGAGAAAGCUAUAGCCAGCCCCAUCCCAUCAAAGAGAAUGGAGAUGCCGGACACACCUUUAAGCUCAAAGAACUCUGACAACCAUAUCACACUCAACUUCAGAAUGCAGGAAAAAGUUCAGUCCUGCAGACAGGGCUCAGACGGCCCCCUAUCUGAGAACUUACACUGCGUGAAGGAACCUUCGAGUCCCAUUACAGGCACUUUGCCGUACUCCAAAGACACUCCUGGCUCCAGGACUAUUUUGGAUAGCACGGGCUUGGACGCCCCGCUGAGCCCAACAGACCUCUGUCAGGUCGGGUUGCUCACCUCCACUCCGUUGCUUCCUCAAACCGAGACUAUGCAGCUCAUGUCGCCUCCCAGAAGUUGUUUUUUGGGACAAAAACUAGACGAUGAGGACCAAAUAAACCAAAAGUCCCUACUGACACGGGCCGGGGAUGUGGAUCACAUCCAGUCAUCUAGCUGCCUACAAGAACAUUCACUCAAAACAACAUUUCUAUGAUUCUUUCUACCUGUUACGCUGUUUCAAAUUUGCACGUUAGCUUUAAGAAAUGUUAUUAUAUAUUCAUGAAUAUUUUAUGAAGAUAUAGGUUGGUACUACAUAUAUAUAUAUAUUUUAGAUGUAUAAAGUUUAGAAUAAAGUUUGUUUUGUUUUUGUUUUUUGAGAGAGAGAGAGAGAGAGAGAGAGAGAGAGAGAGAGUGGUCAGCAUAUGCAAACUGGAUGGUCUUAUUUUUUACUAUGACUGACUUUUUGGAUUUUUUUUUUUUUUUUUUUUUUUCCUUCUAAACCAUCUCAAAGGAGGAGGAGGUUUAUUUCUCGAGGCAGAAGCAGUGCAGACACAUUCCUUUAUCUGUUUAUUUGAACCUGGAUGUUCUGGCGCACUUUAAAGAACCUUCCUCUUCUACCAUCAGACACUGCUGAUAGCACUACACUCCUAUUUCCCCUUCCCAAUCCUAAAAAUUCAUGGUACCCUUCAUUGUCAGUAGCUGCAGAAAUUCUAGUAAUACUUUGCCAAAAGUGUACAUGAGAAGUCAUUUACUAAUACCUGAACUGAUACUUAAACUUUGAAUAAAGGUAUGAGCUAAUCGAGAACUAUUAAUGUGCUUAGCUGUGACUGGAGUCAUUUGCAUUAAUAAUAGUCAUAACAACAUAUUAGUUUUGUAGAAUGUUAGUUAAAACUUUCAGAAAAAUGAAAUCAGGUGAUUUCUAUGACAAAGAAUGUAAUGGGGCAAACCCUACUCUGACUUUUAAUAAAUGAAUCAUUCUUGAUUUUAAUUCAUUAUGAUGCCUUCAUAACAUUUGCUUCACAUUCACAUCUGCGGUAACAUCAUUGGAUGAUCACGCUUUUUAAUUUAUAAUCCCAUUUAAAAUCUAAUUAAAACCUACAUUUAUUAAAGUCAGAUUAGCCAAUCUAAUGCAUUAACUAUCAAACUUGUUCAAACAUGUAGUUAAGGUGGCCAUUAUUCACAUGACUCCCUCUGACUCCAGUUGUAGCGCUUAAUUAGUUCUUGAUUAGUUCAUUCACCAAUCGUUCAUUUUAAAGAAACUAUUUGUUCAAGUAUUAUUACAUGAUUUAUGUACCCUAUUUGUAAAGUGUUAGUGAAAAUCUUUAAAUAUUCCUUUAAUAGUUCUGUUUGUCGUUCGAUCCCCUGUGCGACUUGUGUUAGUGUUAGGCAAGUUUUAGCAUUUUAUGUUUUUGCUGUUAGAAGGACUAUGCAUAACACUUUUACUCUAUUGCGUUCCAUUGUUGAAGCUCUUAGACAUCUACCAGACAUUAAAAUGUCAGUAACUGACACAAAAGCACCAUCACAGACUUAAAUGAGUCAAACAUUUUUUUGUAAAAAUGGAACUGUCCUCAAGUCUAGCGCAGAUGAGCACAUCUUUCUCGCUUUUCAUACAUACACAGAUGGUGCUUGUGGCAGGUUCCAGCUCAAAUAUGUCUUUUUGUUCAUUUUUUGCUGCUGCUUUUAUUUCUACACACAUUCCUGCAGGAUAGGAUAUCACCUUUGCCUUUUUUAUAUAUAGUUAUAUUCAUUCAGUCAUAGUGCAGAGUGCUUUAGGAAAUAGAGGCCGAUGCAUAAAGCUACUUAGUGUUGAUUGACAGCAAAGGAUCUUGAUAGAUAUGUUUCAGUUCGUGUGCGAACUGAAGGACGCGCUGAUACGUUUGCUUUAGCCAUUUAUCAGUUCAUAUAUGCAUCUUCUCCUAUGAUUGUAUUUUUCUGCUGUUUCCUCUAUACGUGAUCCUUGACCAAAGAUGCAAGAAGCACAUGACUGCUGGAGUGUUUGUACUGUAACCGGUAGCUCUUGCUGAACGAUUUAUCAUUUUGCGAUUUAAUCGGCUCAGCGUUGCUGCUCCUUUAUUAAAGGGAAAUUUCAGCCAAAAUGACAAUUCUGUCAUCAUUAAUUCAUCCUCAUUUCAUUCCAAACCUGUUUGACUGUGAUUGUCAAUGCAAUAAAAGUCAGUGGUGUCCAAAAGAACAUUGGACCCCAAUGACUUUCAUUGCAUGGAUUCCACAGAAGAAAGUAAGUCAUAAUGGGUUUAGAACAGCAUGAGAGUGAAUGAAUGAAGACCGAAUUGUCAUUUUUGUUGGAACUAUCCCUACAAGUGUCUAGCAGCCCAAGUUACUGUAUCCAAACUGGUCCUAUUUUUUCAUUACAGGAAGCACUAUGUAUUAUAUGCAUUCAUGACUCGCUCGCCCUCAGGAACCGGCAGCGUAUCUUCAUGAAAACAUUCCAUUUUGAUCAGUCUAUUCUAAGGGAACUAAUGGACUAUGCUGUGACUGUGCGACUUCUCAUUAUUUUAAAGCUGUAAUAUGUGUAAUGGACGGUUCAGGCGAGCACAUGGGUGGUUAUCCUUUUGUUCCGCAAUAGAAUAUUCCACGAUUCUGCAAAUGUCAGGGGUGUGGCGUAUCAUAGAAUCCCCUAGAGAGAUGCUAAAAUAGUUUUUAUGAGAUGAUUUGUCAUGCUGUGCUCGCAUAACCUCAAGGCCUCACCAAUCUGUUCGUUCGAGAUCUCAUUUGGGCAGUCGCUAUCAAAACGGCUGAUUUAUGAACAGCCUACCAGGAGGAUUAUGAGAUCUAUUGUGCUCAUUACACGAUGAAUGGCGCCAACAGAAUGUGCUCAGACCAAAAAAACUCAAGCUCCUCGACUUCUACUUUCUUGUGAUUCUUAAACGCAAAAACCUCAUGUUUUUUGUGGGAGGGUCUGAGAGGAAUAAACGUAGGGUGUAUAUAGAGGGCGACGCAGUAUUAAGCUGGGUGCGAUCUGGAGAAAAUGACUGAAUGUGUUCGUAUGUGUCUGCAUACUAUAGUAAAACCCUAAAGAAGCUAAUAUGAAGCACACAAGUACUUUGUCCCCUCAGUUUUUCUUCUGCACAGCUCAGGUUCAGCGUUUGCCGCUUUGAGCAAUAUUUUUUUUGUCUCGUCGAAAUUAUAAUGUUUAUAGCAUCCUGAACUUUGCCGAAACGUUUUUUUUUUAUUUUCAUAGUCUGAUAAUGGCAACUUUUGUAUGUGCUGAAGUGCUUUAGUAUAUGCAAGAAAAACAGUUUUAUACAAUGUGGAAUAUAUGUUAUGUGCCUUAACACUGGAGAACACAUAUGUAGACGGCAAUACAUACAGUGAAUUUUAUAUACGUGCAGUAUAUGUAGAGUUAUUUGGAGUUCUAUUAAUGAAUGAGGUUUAAUAAAAGAAAAACAUUUGGUUUUUAAGGAAUUUAAGAGAUGCUUUUUUUCUGUACUCUAUUUGUUUUGUUGUUUUUAGAUUGGAAUGUGCCAGAACUUUGAUCCCAGGUUUCAGGUCUGUCAAGUUCUUGGCCAAGCAUCACAUGCUGUAAUAGAAUCCAUUCACAGCUGCAUUCCAAAGCCUUUCCUUAACUUCAGGGCAGAUCACCAGCAGGAAUGCCGUCCUUCAGAGUUUGUCAUAGCACACAUUUAACCAUUGGGUGAACUUUUUGAUACUCAGCAUGACUUUUGUCACUGGCGCUGCCAUGACCAUUUCUGGCUCAUUGUACUGUAAUUGGUGUUUGUUAAAGUCACACAAAGGUUCAACAUGUUCUCACUGUAGACUCACUACAUUGGCAGCCCUUCAUAAAAACACCUGUUUCAAGUGGUUCUGUGACAUUUUGGGGAGUUUGUUAAAUUGUUCACUCGUUCCGUGUUUGUUUCUUGACAAGAACAACUCUUUAUGGCAUAAAACUAAAAUAAAUUGUAAGCGAAUGUUU